AUGCCGACGACGCACACGCACUACGUGCCGCGGCCGCCCGUCGACGAGCAGCCGCUCACGCCGAACACGCUGCGCGCGGCGGCCUCGACGCUGAUCUUCGGGCGCCGGCCGAGCGCGACGCGCCUGUCGACCGCGGCCCAAUUACCCGAGAACACGAUACAAUCAGUCCUCGAGUUCCUCGACGACGACGCGCUGGCGCGCGCGAUGACCGCCUGCCGCGCGUGGCACGACGUCGCCUGCGGGUCGGCCUGGGCCGACAAGGCGUGGCGCGCCCGGGGGGAUGAGGCAGUGAGGGCUUUUGAGCGGCGCGGCGGCGCCGACGCGGCCUGCGCCGCCGCCGUGCGGAAGGAGGGCGGCCGGCGCCACUGCUGCGCGCGGGGCCGUUUCCUCGCGAUGGCCUUCACGCCGGCGUGCCAGCUCCGGCGGCGCGCGCGGCGGCGGCGGCGCGAGGCGGACGCGGCAGCGAGGCGCUGGGCCGAGGAGCGGCGCCAGGCCGAGCGCGAGCUGCAGCGCGCGACGCGGCGAUUGAGAAUUGUGGCGUUGAUUGCAUUACUCGCGCUGCGCGCGACGCUGGGCGCCGGCGAGGCGGCGCGCGUGCUGCUCUGGCCGAGCCGCGUCGUCUGGCGCGUCGCCGCUUCCUUGUUCGUCGUCGUCGAUCCAUUACGAGUGGACGCGUCGACCAUGCCCUUCAUGCACGCCAUCUUGGCGCCGGAGGCCCUCGAGGUGCGGCGCCACGCCUUCUUCGCGGCCGUCGUUUUGUGCGUGGCGCAUUGUGCAGCAUUAGUAGCGUGGUGGCGCUUCCUCUGGUACGCCUUGGGCGCGUUCUGCAGCGACCACCUCGGCCUUGCUUCAUUAGAUGCGGCGCGGUGCCGCGUCGCGUUGCUCCGGCUCGAGGAGUCGUCGGAAGCUAGGUUCGCCUGGCUCCGCGCCGUCGCGGCGGAGCGGCGCGAGUCGCUCGGCCUCCUCACGGCGCCGGACAUUACUGUGGGAGACGACGUGACGCUCCACGCGACGUCCUUGCACAUCGCGGCGGCGUUCCACGCGGGGCCCGACGACGCGCUGCCCCAGAACCCGCACCGCGGUUUAGAUGACGACGACGACGCGCUGCCGGCGAUCCUCCACGAGGUCCUGGGGACGGAGAAGAAGCGGGGCCGGCGGAGCCGCUUCCGGUCGCUGCUCGGCGACGUGUUCCGGUUGCACCGCGCGCCGCUGCUCGUGCUGGCGGUCGCCGCGUCGGUGUUGGCGUCGGCGGCGCUCAUCAUAUUGUGGCGCCGCGAGAGCGCGAUCUUCGACGGGGCGUGCCGCGUGGGAAGCGCCGUGGCGGUGUCGCUGCGGGACGACCUCCUCCUGCUGGCGUCCGUGCCGGCGCGCGUCGCGUACGGCUCCGCGCGGCUCGUGUUUGGUUACGCCGUGGCCUGGGUGGCGUAACGUGUAUCCCUG